GGGUCCAAGAAUAGAGAGAGUCAAAAACAGGAAUGAGAAGAGAGACAGAGGGAGGAGAAGGAGACAAAAACAAAAAAUCAAUGGAAGAAAGAGUGAGAGGUCAUCAUCUUCUGAGAUGGAGAAAGGAGGAGGGAAGUUACAGUCAUGGCUUCUCUUCGGCUCAGAUCCAAUCGUUGGCUGCACUCUGCGAAACUGUGUUUCCGCCAUUGUCAACGGACUCCAUACCCAAUCAGAAGAAACCAGCUCUCAGUUCCUACUACAAGGCCUCUGGUUCUCAACAUCCAAUCCCCGAUGAGGUAGCAGAGCUGAUAGCCAAGAGGAGUCUACCGGAAGCAGUGUUUUUGGUCAGCCUGGUAUUGAAGGUUUUGUCAUUUAGAUUGGGAAGCUUAUUGCUUUGUGGGUUAGUUUGUGUUGAGUGGAAAUGGCCAUUCAUCCACAAAUUCUCUGAAAUUUCAGUACAGAAAAGAGAAGAAGUUAUGAGGAAAUGGUCGAAGGGGAGUUACUUUGUGCCUCUAAGGAUGUUCUUUCUGAUGAUAAAAGUCUUCUGUUUGUUCGUCUUCUUCUGCAGGACGGAUGAAAAUUCAGAAAAUCCUGCAUGGGAAGCAAUAGGCUACGAGGUAGACAAGAGGGAGAGAGAGAGGACAGGCGGCUAUGAGAGACCUCUUGAAAAAGGGAUUGUCGAGUCCGUAUAUGAAACUGACCAAACAAUCAAGGAAUCUCUCAUUGAAAAGGGUAUUCAGGUCACUGAAGAUUCAUGCAGCAACACUUUGAAGAUCAAAUGCGAUGUUGUGAUUGUUGGUUCUGGUUGCGGUGGAGGCGUAGCAGCUGCAAAUCUUGCAAGAUCUGGGCACAAAGUGAUUGUUCUCGAGAAAGGUAACUAUUUCGUGGCAGAGGACUAUUCUUCUCUUGAAGGCCCUUCCAUGAUCGAAAUGUUUGAGUCAAAUGGACUUCUAUCAACUCUGGAUGCCAAACUCAUAAUUUUUGCUGGCUCAACUGUGGGUGGAGGUUCUGCAAUUAAUUGGUCUGCAUCCUUUCGGACACCAAAUUCAAUUCUCCACGAAUGGUCAGUAGAUCAUAGGAUCCCACUUUUCGGUAGCCCUGAUUACCAGUUUGCCAUGGAUGCUGUGUGGGAGAGGAUUGGUGUUACGGAUAAAUGCAGUGAGGAAGGGUUUCAGAAUCAAGUUCUUCGAAAAGGGUGUGAGAACCUUGGUUUGGAAGUUGAUCUGGUUGCAAGAAAUUCCUCCGAGGAUCAUUACUGUGGUUCCUGCUCCUAUGGAUGCAGAACUGGGAACAAGAAAGGGACUGAUUCGACAUGGCUGGUGGAUGCUGUGGGAUACGGCGCAGUGAUCUUGACAGGAUGCAAAGCUAAAAACUUGAUACUGGUCAACAACAACAGUGGAGUAAGAGAAAAAAAAUGUUUGGGAGUGAUUGCAGCUACUAUGAAUAAUAAGGUAACUAAGAAGCUGCAAAUUGAGGCUAAAGUAACAAUUUCAGCUUGUGGAUCUCUAUUGACUCCCUCUUUGAUGGUCUCAAGUGGAUUGAAGAACCCAAAUAUUGGUAGGAAUCUACAUCUUCACCCUGUGUUAAUGGCUUGGGGAUAUUUUCCUGAACAAAAUUCGGAAUUUAAGGGCAAAAUGCACGAAGGAGGGAUUAUCACUUCAAUUCAUAAGGUCAUUUCAGAGGAUUCUAAUGUUCAGGCUAUUGUGGAAACUCCUGCAAUGGGACCAGCUGCAUAUGCUGCAGCAAUUCCUUGGGUUUCAGGGUUAGACACCAAGGACAGGAUGGUCAAAUAUGCACGAACUGCAAAUCUUUUCACUUUGGUCAGAGAUCAGGGUUCGGGAGAGGUGAGGACAGAAGGAAGGAUUAAGUACCGGCUAAGCCAGACUGAUAAGGAAAAUCUUAAGGCAGGAUUGAGGCAGUCGUUAAGAAUCUUAGUUGCAGCAGGUGCUGUGGAGGUGGGCACAUAUCGCAGUGAUGGCCAGAAAAUCAGAUGUGAUGGUAUCAGGGAGGAAGAGCUAGAGGAAUUUCUUGACACUGUAGAAGCAGUUGGAGGGGUAAGUACCAGAGGAGAGAACUGGACAACUUACUUUUCUGCACAUCAGAUGGGAAGUUGUAGGAUGGGUGCCACCAAGGAAGAAGGUGCAGUAGAUGAAAAUGGUGAAAGCUGGGAAGCAGAAGAUUUAUUUGUCUGCGAUGGAAGUGUUCUGCCUACUGCAUUGGGUAUCAAUCCCAUGAUCACCAUCCAAUCCACAGCUUAUUGCAUUUCCAAGAAGAUUGCAGAGAUAAUGAAAAAGAAGAAUCUCUAGGCAAGGAUACCAUAGCUUCCUUCUGCCUCUCCCAAAAAUAAUGUUUGCUUCUGAAUGGCAAAGCAAAAUUAGUGCUUCAUCA